AUGCCAGAAGAGAGCCAAGGGGAACCCAGACAAAAAGAGGGCCAAGAUGAGCUCGGACCAGAGGAAAACCCAGAGGAACUCAUGCUCUUAGAGAGCCAAGAGGCACCCAAACCAAAGCAGGCCUUAGCUGAGGAGACAGUGGAUAGUUCUCCAGAAGAAACUCAGUCAGUUCAGAAGGGCACCAAAGCUACACACCUUCUGACUGCAGCAAUGAUCAAAAAGUUGAUUGGAAAAGCCCAUGAGAUCCCUGACAUUGAGCAGCAGACACGUCUUGUCCAAAUGCUCCAAAAAGUGGAGAAUGGGGUUCGGAUCCCAGAGGGUAGUAACCUCACAGCCAAAGACCUCAAAGCCAUUGGGAAAGCUGCUGCCAAAAGCUUGCUGCAGGAGUGUGGCUCGGUCUUUGCUCUAUGUGAGAACAAUUUCACUGAGGAGACAAUGAAACUGAACCUGAACCUCCAACUCACAUAUUUCUUGGCCCAUCGUCCUCAGACUAAAACAACAUGCUUCUUUUCAAGAGUGUGGAAGGUCUUCAGAAGAAACAAAAUCAGCUCAGGACCUCUGAGCACUUAUUUGUCAUCUCCCAUCUACUAA